UAUGCCUCCAAAAAAGGGAAAAGGUAAAAAAUAGCAUGACUCUGAUGAUGAAGAAUCAGAAGAAUCAUAUGAACCAAAGGCCUCAAAGAAAAUAUAAAAAUAAGCCUAAAAAAAAUAAAAUUCAUCUGCAAAAAAGUAAUUAGAUUAAGAAUCAGAAGAUGAUUCAGAUUCUUAAAAUGAAUAAGUUGAAAAAAAAGGUUAAAAAAAGAAAGCCUAAUCUCAAAAUUAAAAUAAAUCAAGAAAUAAUGCAAAAAAAAAAUAAUAAAAAGAAGAUGUAAAAUAAAUUAAAAUUUCAUAGGAUGAAGAUGAGAAUUCUGAGAGUGUUGAAAAUGAUAAGGAAAAUUUUAAAUUAUAUUAAAAAAAAGAAACUCCACCUGAAGAUGACCCAUGCAGAAUAUAUUAUGAAUCAUUAUAUAGAGAAAAACCAGAUUCUAUAUUAGCUCUUAAGUAUUGUUUGGAUUAUGGUCUAAUAGAAGAAACCAAUAUUUAAAAAGCUCAUAAAUUUUAUGAAAAAUAUAAAUCUAAAUAAAAAUGA